AUGAACAUCCAACCUACGUCAUUCCUCCUACUGUCAUUGCCUCAUGCGUGUGUCAUCUUCUCCCCCUCUACACCCGAUCCACCCCCUCGCUCGCUCGAUCUCAUCUGUGUGACAUAUCCUGCACCGAGUAGCGUCACCCCUCCACCAGAAGAGGAUGCUCAACCUCAGAUGGAAACGCUUCUCCUUCUCAGGCUAGGAUCACUCGACGCAGAAGAAGCGCAGGACAUCCCUCUUCUACCAUCUACACGCUUCUUACACCCCAACCCUACCACAUUCUUAUUCCCUCACACUUCACCGCCUAUCUCACUCAAUUUCCCUUCCCCUUCACAACAAGAACAGACCGAUAUAGACACCUUCAAUCUCUUGUUACAGGACUACGCUUCCCUUCCUCAACAGAUCGACGACGCCCUCUCCCCCCUCUCUCCCCUCUCUCCUUCUCCCCUCUCACCAUCAGCCUGGGACACCCCGGCAUACGCAGACAACGCCCGUGGCCAUCUGCUCCUAGUCGACCACACUUCCGGUGCAAUACUCGGCCAAGUACCAAACUUACAUCUCACAGAACACCCCGAUCUCAAACCCCACGAUCCAGUGAUAAUCACCCUUCCCUCUUCUCCCAUAUCCACGUCCACCCCGGUUAUCCCCCCCGGCAGCACCCAAGUCCGCCCAGCAGAAACAGAAGAAGAGUUCGCCCUAAUCCUCCAAGGCGCAACCCUCCUCUCCCACGCAAUCCAAAGCGCCACAUCCGUCCUCGCAGGGGGGAUAACCUACGCCGCCCAAUUAUACGUCUCCCACGUCCCGCCCUCUCCUUCUGGACCGACGCACCUGUCGAAAGAGGCGAAGGAGACCGUUGCGAGAGUGCAUGCGUUUUCGGGACAGGCGGUAAGAGUUGCGGAGCAGACGACGGGAGCUGUACAUCGCUUGAUAGACCGCGCAAUAGAUCGGGCAGGUACAGCAGCCGGGUCGCUCAUCCCCUCCGACACCUCCAACCCGAACUCCAACGCGGACGCGGCCGGCGAGCAUGGCACUCCGCCCCCUAAAUCCACUUGGAGGGAAGCGACCCGCCUCGGAGGGAAACUCUUCUCCCGAGUACUGAUCAGCGCCGACCUGCUCCUCACAUCCCUCUCGACCUCCGCCACCCAGCUAGUCGACACCUCCUCCGAGUCGCUCUCCCUCUCCCUCGAGCACCGGUAUGGUCCGGAAGUAGGGAACGCGAGCCGGGAACUUACUCGGGCUGUGAGGGACGUUGGGGUUGUGUAUGUGGAUGCGAGGGGGGUGGGGCAUAGGGCGCUGUUGAGGCAGGCGGGGGCGAGGGUUGUGAGGGUGGGGAUUGCCCAGGGGAGUGGGGAGAGGGGGGUGUUGGGGGAGGAAGAGGGAGAGGGGAGUAAGGAGAAGGAGGAGAAGCAGGGGGAGAAGGAGAAGGAGAAAGGGGAAGGGGAGGGGAAGGUUGAGAAAGGGGAUGUUAAACUAGGAGGAGUGGAUGAGGGCGAGGGAUCGGAGAGAAAGGAGAAGGAGCAGGAGAAGGGGAAGGGGAAUGGGGAGGAGACAGUGAAAGACCAGGGGAAAGAGGAAGGAGAGGGGCACCCUGAGGAGGUCAAGCCGGGGGAAGUCGACCUUCUCCAGCUCGGAAUAUCACCAGCGCUAGUACCAGCUCCAGCUUCAGCUUCAGCUCCAGAGCUGGCUGAGAGCGCUCUACCGGGCGUGGGCGUGCAGGGUGUCCAGGGCGAUGGAGUGCCAGAAGGACAACUGGUCGACCUCAGGCCCGCGGAGGAGGCCGGGAAGGUCUCGCUACCGGUACCGGUAUCUGGGGCGACUGGGGUGAGAGUGCUCCCUCUGGACGUACGUGUACAGGUGGGAAGUGGGACGGAGGGGUUGGGAAUGAUGCAGCAGGGUUUGGGGGAAAUGAUGGGCCUGGGAGUGGAGGAGCUCCAGGGGUUGGAUCUUGGCCCGGCGGACCUGGCGGUAGCCGAAGAGCUGGGCACGGCGGGCAAGGGGCAAGUGGGCAAGGGUGUAUUGGUGGAUCUUGAUGCCUGA